AUGAGGAAAGGCAGGGGGUUCGCUGACUCGAUCGGGGGGAGACUCAACAUUAUGGAAGUGUCGGUAAAGAAUAAGCUGCAAGAACACGGCAAAGGAGUAGACGAAGGCCGCGUCAUUUGUGAAAUCACCGCGCAGGAAGACAUGCUGAAUGGGGCGGGGUACGUGCACGGAGGAUGCUUGAUGUACUUGAUAGAUAAUUGCGCCCUGCUAUGCCUCACCGUUCUUGAUAAGGAUGCAAGACUGGGUAUGCCAGGCCUAUCAUUGGCAAUAGACACGGUAUUCCACGCACCGGCUGGCGAAGGUGAUCGACUUAGGAUACUGGCCACCACGAUGGCUAUUGGCUCACGCAUCAAAUCAGCUAGGGUCGAGAUUUGGGAUUUGAAACGUAGCCGUCUUGUAGCAUCGGGGGUAGAAAUCAAGAUGGACGCACCAAAACCAAAGAUGUAG